UGUUGGAGCAUAUUUCAAUUUUAACAUCAAUACAAUUUAUUUUUGAAACAUUUUUUCUUUUAUCUAAAGCCUUCAAACUCAAUAGUCCCACCGCUUCGCUGAAGACCCUACGAAAAUGAGGCGUAUACACAAUUCGAAUUUUGUGCCGAAAUUUGACUUUGGCAAAUGGACUUGGAAUAGCAACUUGGAACGUUUAGAAUUUGAACCCUUUAAAGACGCGGUGUUGGAGAAACAAGAUUAUGUCAAGACGUGUGGCUUCAAAUUCAAUAAGGCACUAAAUCAAUUGGAUGAACUAAUAUUCCUGCAAGAGUUCCAGCGCUCCGAUCUCACACACGAUGCAGAUGUAAUACUCGUGCAGGACAUAAAAAAUAUCGUGCUCUUUCUAGCGCCAUCCGAGACGAUCACAAAAGAUUUUGUGCUCUUCCUACACACUUUCACGGUGGAUCGUUUUCUGCGCGCGCUCAUCAUUUACUUCGAGUACUACUUGAAAAUGGUUGAGUUCGUGUUGAUACGGCGUGACGAGAUUAGCGGCGAGAAAGCGCAAAUACAAAGCGAGGACACCAACGAGAUCAAGCGCAUCUACUCGUCAUAUCUUACACAGCAUCGCAUACUGCUGGCGCGCGAAUAUAGCAUGAUCAUAGCGGGCGAUGGCGAAAUGAAACGCUUCUACCACAUCACACCCAUCGUCAAUAUUUCACAAUCCAUUAAGGACAAGCGCUUCCACGAAACCUUUUUGGCAUUCUCCACGCAAAUGGUGUGGAUCGCCAUGCAUCGGCGCGCCUACGACUACAUUGAUUGGGAGAUGUAUCGGCUCUUUCGUUCCGAACACUUCAAGCUUAAACGCUAUGCGCACAUCAACUUCUCGGAAGCCGAAGCGAAUAUGCUCUACGGUAAGAAUUACAAGCGCGUCAAUUAUCGCGCACAGAACUCACCGCUCAUACAGGAGUUGGUCAAUGUGUCCACCGAGAAUUUACCCAUACUGUGGAUCGGCGAGCGUAAAUAUCGCGGCACCGAUUUGCGCAUACACCAACUAGAGCUCGAGCAUAUUGUGCCCGAUAGUCAGCUGACUCUGAUCGAUGUGUGUCACGGCAUACUCGGGCAUCCGAAGAAAAUCUACAACACGCUGUUGGAUAUCAAUUGGGAAGAGGUGCGCUUCCAGAACUAUUCGCUAAUUUACGAUCCCUACCAAUUGGUGCGUCAACCGAAGUUGAAGAUACCAAAUAUCGAUGCGGAAAAAAUACGCAAACAUGCGCAGAAAUUCGACACCUACUAUCACGUGCGACUGCAGUAUGAGCGCGUCAGCAAAGCGGUUAUAGACAAAUGGUGUCGUCGCGACGCCAUCAUAGCGUACUUCAAUACGGAGGGCAUGAUUACGAACAUUGUGACACAGUGCGAGAGGGAGCUGGAAAGCGAUUCGUAUGGUCCCAGUGUGGAGGAGAUAACGAGCAAGUUUUUGGCACGCAAGAGACUUUUGCGGAAACUAUAGCAAAAAGCGCCUGAGAGAGGGAGAGAGAGAGAAGCAGCGCUAAGCAGCUGGUAUUGUUGUAUUGGCAAGGAAUGGAUGGUAUUAUAUUUUUUAAUGUGUAUCGAAUUUGAAAUUCAGGAUUUGUAUAUACAUAUUUUAAUAAAAUUUUAAGUUCAGAAGAAGAAGAAUAA